UUCCAGUCUUGAGCUAGCGUUGGAAGUAGCACCAUCCCAUCAUAAACUACAGCUGCAUUAUCAACAUUACAAUACGUAAGAUUUACAUUAUUCCGUAAUGCUUAGCAGUAGUUAUGUCUGAAGCAUCAACAUCUGAACGUUCAAACUCUGAAGAUCUAACUAGCAACAACUGUCGCCUGCAGGAAGUGCUCAAGAGCUGUGCCAAAAUUCAGUCACUGGAGAGUUUGCCAUUGGAGAACGAUUACAACGACGUGUAUCUGGCUACGGAUAAAAUGAUCUCACCUAAUCCAUAUUCCAUUAGCGGCUAUAUAUCGAACAGCAGCUGCACCAGUGAAGAUGCUUAUACGGACAUUGUACUCGAACAGGACAACCGCAUAUCACUGGCCUAUGAGAAUCUCAACACUAUACCCCGACGACUGGCAGACAAGUUUGCCGCACAAACAAAAUUUCUGGAUCUCAGCUACAACAACUUCAAGAAUCUUAAGUUUUUGUCAUUUUUUGAUGAGCUACACACGCUCAUAUUGGAUCGCAAUAGCAAUUUAGAUGUGAAUACAUUUCCCUAUCUGCCUAGUUUGAAGAUACUGUGGAUUAAUAACUGCGAUAUCAGCAAUAUAACCGACUGGAUACAUCGCAUCAAAAGUGAGUGCCCAGCCUUGGAGCAGCUCUCCUGUAUGGGUAAUCCUGGCAUGCAAACGGUGUUCCAGUGCUCCAAGAGCGCCCUCGAAUAUAUACUUGAUGUGCUGCCGAAUCUUAAAUAUUUAGAUGGCGUUUCCCGCCCAGGACUCACUGAGAGAAAUCAUUAUAAAGACAACGAAAGGCGCACAACGUCCGCUUCAACUUCAUCCACGACUGGACUGGGUAAUGAUUCAACAAGCACUUCGGAAAAGCUAAGCCGCCAACACAGAAUCGUCUGCCCACAUUCUAAUCCUACGCACAGUUUUAAGGACUUUUUUCGUAUAAAAACCAACAAGAAACAAAACCAAAAUUCAACUGUUAGUCGUAAGCUCUACGCCAAUGGUAAUGGCUCAUCCACAAACUAAGUUGUACCAUAGGAGUGCAUGUAGCGAGAGUCCAAUAGAGUCUCAUAUCGUGCUGUUAUUUUUAGUCGCGCUUAUCAGGGCAGCUUGGAGGCUUUUGCAAUGCCCUCAGCUCGCAGUACAUUGCUCUCGAUUCCACCUACAAAGCGAUAUGUGCAUAGUAAAUACACAUUUAAGUAUACAAAUGUAUUUAUUUUGCGUAUGUUCGCGAACAAUUUAAUUGUAAAAUGACUUGCAAAUCAUAUGUUCUUUUACUUACAUGUGUGUGCUAGACUUAGUAUUUGUAGGCAGCUUGGCAGAGUUACACAAAAAACGUGUAAAAAAUCUUUUAAAAUUGUGUGACCAAUAAAGACACUUGCUUGGCUUAGUUUUUGACAAUACAUUAUCUUAACUACUUUCAUAUUUCAAUGCGCAUUAGUUUCGCUGUUCUCAAACAAUUACUGUAUUUAAUGACAUGCAUAUACACGUACGUUAGCUUCUUUAAAAACAAAAUGUGUUUUGAUAGUUUCUAGUGUAUUUCUUUGUUUUUUUUUUUUUGGAAUUAUUUAGGUUUUAUGGUAUUGCAUCUACGCUAACAAACAUAAAAACGGUCAAUUUGAUUUGAUGUCCAAAUUGCCAAAGGCGGAGUCCAAA